UUUGUGUGAGUCAUGCUUUUGCUGUGAGCGAGUUGGCAGCUCUAAGCAGGACUGGGAUCUCUGUCACAGAAAACUGUUACUUCACCCAACCUUAACGGGGAACCAUCAGAAAUUUCUUAAAAAUAUAUUUUUUCUUGUUCUUCCUUAUACUCUUUUUUACCCCAAAAUCUUGUUAUCCGUCUGUGUUGUUAUGAAUCGCCUGCUAUGUUAGCACAGACAUCUCCUGUGUUGGCAUCAGGUUUGCCAGAACAUAUGCAGGAAACCAGAUAGAAGGGCAUGCUUCAACGUACCAAGUAUAACCGCUUCAGGAAUGAUUCAGUGACAUCAGUUGAUGAUCUUAUUCACAAUUUGUCCAUGAACAGCAAGGUCUCAGCAGUUGCUACGACUUCAACAGCAUCUUCGUACCUGGUCUCACCAGAGGUUCCCCACAAGGACCAAGAAGAUGGACCCACCACCCUAUGUAACCUCAUCCAUAAAGUGUCCCACUUGAAACUCUCUAACACAGGCAGCCUUUUGGGUAUCAAAAACCUCUCCUCUGCAGUAAAGGAACUUGCUGUCUCCAGGUUGCAGGGAAGCUCGAGUGCUUCUAGCUCAGCAGCAGGGGCUUCAGACAACACAUGUAACCUUGUCUCUGCCACUUCGUGUUCUCAGCAGGACGUGAGCAAGAUGAGUAUGGGGAAAAAAACACGGUCAGAUGAAACGCACCCGGGAGGUGAAGACUGGAAUCAAAGUAGCAGCUUUGUCAAUAAACCCUCUCAAGGAUGGCUGCACUCGAGUGAGAAGAUCCUGGGACCUGGUGUGACGUACAUUGUGAAGUACUUGGGGUGUAUAGAAGUCUUACGCUCAAUGCGGUCUCUUGACUUCAAUACUAGAACGCAGAUUGCAAGGGAAGCAAUCAGUCGUGUUUGUGAAGCUGUGCCUGGUGCCAAAGGAACCUCCAAGAAACGAAAGCCACCAAGCAAAGUUCUUUCUAGCAUCUUGGGAAAGAGCAAUCUUCAGUUUGCAGGAAUGAGCAUAAUGCUGAAUAUCUCCACCACCAGCUUAAACCUAAUGACUCCUGAUACAAAACAGAUCAUAGCAAAUCACCAUAUGCAGUCUAUUUCCUUUGCGUCUGGAGGUGAUCCGGAUACAACUGACUAUGUUGCAUAUGUAGCUAAGGAUCCUGUUAAUCGGAGAGCUUGUCAUAUACUGGAAUGCUGUGAUGGCCUGGCCCAGGAUGUCAUCAGCACCAUAGGCCAAGCGUUCGAGCUUCGCUUUAAGCAAUACUUGCGAUGCCCCUCUAAGAUGCCUACUUUCCAUGACAGGGUGAAGAGUUUUGAUGAGCCAUGGAUGGAGGAAGAUAACGAGGCAACAGAACAUCCCUAUUACAACAACAUCCCGAAUAAAAUGCCCCCCCCUGGUGGCUUCAUUGAUGCCAGGCUCAAAGCAAGGCUUCCUACUGCUGCAGAUACGACUCAGUCUGCAGGAGUGGGAGGAGAGCAAACUUAUUACCAGAGUCGCCACUUAGGAGACAAAUUCAGUGAAGACUGGCAUCAUGGGCUUGUUAAACAAGGAUCUCUGGAUAUUUGUAGUAUGCCAGAAGGGAAAUCACAAGUAACCCCAACAGCAGAGAUGCCAACAUAUGUAAACACCCAGCAUAUAAAUAUAGAAGCUCUAUUGGCGCUUCAGGCAGAUGCUGAAAGUACCUUCACUGGAACAGCAGAUGAUACCAAAGAGAGCAGCCCAGGAAAGGAUCUGUUUGACAUGAAACCAUUUGAAGAUACCCUCAAGAACCAAACAUCUGAGGCUGCAUUGAGGAAAUCCACCACAACGGGAUGCACCAGUCCUCUUUUAUCCAGACCAGCUGACUGGGCUGUAGCUGAAGAGCUGAGUACAGAGCCAUGGUAUCAAGGAGAGAUGAGCAGGAAAGAAGCAGAACAGCUAUUAAAGAAAUGCGGUGACUUCCUUGUGAGGAAGAGUACCACAAAUCCUGGCUCCUAUGUGCUAACAGGCAUGCACAACGGACAAGCCAAGCAUCUUCUUUUGGUGGACCCAGAAGGAACUGUUCGUACAAAAGAUCGUGUCUUUGACAGUAUAAGUCAUCUCAUCAAUCAUCAUCUUGAGAAUAAUUUGCCUAUAGUUUCUUCUGGGAGUGAACUCUGCCUGCAGCAGCCUGCUGAGAGAAAACACUGACUACCGAUGACUUCUAGUUUUUUGUAAUUUGCAAGCUAUAACUGGUAGAAAUUGCAGAUCUGAAAAAACAUGUUCAUUAACAAAAAAUGCAUAUUCACAUAUAUUUCAGAAGUAUGUUUUCUGUAGGUUUAAGAAGCCCCAUUUCACACGGUACACUUGAAAAUUCUCAAUGCUUUAUGUCGACAUGAAGUCCCAGCAGAAGGCUUUCUUAAAAAGUAAUUUCAAUAAAAUUGUUCAGAUUCUCUAAUGUGAAUAUUGAUAGUGUAUAUAUUCACACACUAUAUAAAAAUACAGUAUCUAUUUAUAUUUUUCAAGUCAGUCUGUUGUUGGUAUGGAACUAUCUUCUGUGCCAUGUGUUUUUACCAGAAGAAAAAUGCCAAAUGUGAUUGUUCAGAUAAAAAUAGAAUUCAGCAGUCUCAAUUGCUGGAGAAAAUUAAUAUUGGGAAUCUUAUUUCUCAUUUUACCUAAGAAGCACAACUAUGGGGAUUACAGGUGGAUUAUGCUAGUUGAUCAUGGAAGGAGUUUGAAUUCAGCAACUAGUAUUCCAACUCAAAAAUUUAGCAUAAAAUGAUUUUUUAAAGUGUUAUUCAGUGUCACUGAUAUCAAAAGCAUUUUAUCUUUCUGAUCUUGAAUUCUUAUAGGAUGAUAUAACUCAAAAUGUUUGUAUCUUGCUUUAACAAUGAUUUGGUGUGAUCUCGCUGUGUAUUGAGAUAGAUGCAUAUGAUUUUUCUAAUGAUAAUAUAACAAUGUUCUGUAACUUUAGUUUAUUAAUUUGUGUGGUAAGACUAUUUAUAAGUAGUUCUCUGCUUAUGGUUAAGAUCUAGGUGUCCUUGACUACCGGUCUCCAAUGAGUUGUUACAUACUGAUUAGGCGAGUUCAAAUAACUUGUGUUUAAUAGGCUUAAUGCAAGAUGUACGUGGGUGUUCAAAGACAUAUCUGAAAAGUCUUCUUAUAAACAAUGAAAACUUAUCAUGACUCAGUGGUCAGUUCUGCAAAUGAUGCCAUUUGCAUUUACCUACCAAAGCAUAACUUCCCUUUGGGUUUCAGCCAGCGAUAGAUACUUCUGUAUCAAAUUGAAAAAUGCACUACACUAAAGAUGCGUUUCUGGCAGAAAUGUCCUUGGCUUUUGGUACUGGGAAAUGUUUUAAGGAAGGUUUGUACUAUUCAAGCACUAGAAGAAGUUAUUUUCCUAUUAUAUGAAGCUUUUUGAGACCCAAAUUCAGGCAAAGUUUGUGCCAGAGUAAGAUUCAGCCUUCAGCGUUCCGAGGUCUUCUCUACCACCAGUAUCUCAAAUCAGAUCUUCAGACUUGAUUCACAAAGUCCAAGACUCAGCAGAAUAAGUCUAUUUAAGGACCUGCCUACCCUAAGUAAUCAAUACUUAAAUCUAAUUAAAAUUAGAUUUUGCUUUAAGAAUUUGCUGGGCUUAAAAAUUUCUCAGACUACAGCCAAGCUGACAGAAGGACUCACUUAGAAUACAUUCAGGUAGGUUCAUGAUAUGAAAAUUUGAAAUAUUUUUUCUUGUACCUUCUGCUUUGAAACAUGGUGAAGUUACAACUUGGGAAGUUUGGAUUUGGUUGAUCUCAAGAAUGAAAAUUAUGGAGGCACCUAAGACUAAUUCUACGAUCUGUGCAAUAAAAAUACACUUGAUUCUGUAAUCAAGACAUUCAGAAGCCAAACAAAGACAGUAAUGAACCAAAUUCUUGUGACUGAUUUUAUUGCAGGUAGUUAUUAGUUGAUAUUUCUAGGUCUGGGUAGGAGUUGUGAGCAAAGGAAAGUCAUGAAAUGCCGCAUUACAACCCAAAUUAGUAUGGCACUGAGGUUAGUGGAAUUUUUAAAAUUUGGGUUUUCCUUUUACCAAGUUGGAAUUUGCAAGGGGAUGUGAGGACAUCUUAUACCCUAAAGCAGUAUCCAUCAGAAUGUCUUUAUUUAAGGUCAUCCGUAUCUCACCAUAUUCCAGUUUUAAGUUGCCACCUUUUUUGUUAUGUAUAACACUUGACAUUCCAUGCUCCCACCUCCCUAUAGCUGUGUCCUUGAACGUGUGGUACCACUACCUAUAAAAGAAAGCCUCUUGUACUUUGCAUGCUGUAUAUCACUUCAGUGAUAUAUGCCUGGAAAAAUGUAACAAGAGAUGGGUGUAUUAAUGAAGGCACUAAACAUACACUAAAAUAAGCAUUUAAAAUAUUUUGCCAUUGUCUUAGCUGUAGCUUUAGUAACUUAGCAGCUGCUUACCUGCAUGAUUUGGUAAUUAAAGCAGGUGGCAAGGAGAUACAAAAUGAAAGAGCCUGACAGAACAAUUAAAUUCCAGAGAUGACAUUACACAGACUCCUCCUCUGGGAAAGUGUGGCUAUUUUAAGCUGCUGUGUCAGCACAGUCAAUUUGCCCUGCUAAGUAUAUCUGAUGACACAAAGGUUACAUGUAGCUUGAUCACAUGCAGUUUGGUCCUAGGUAGUGGUAGCAUCUUUGGGCUGCAACAGUGCCCUGCUGCCGCAAUGGGCCAGCAGAUCCUGUCUGGCCAGGUGUGAUGAUCCAGAGGCUUUUCUAAGUCACUGGGAACCAAAUGAUCUCAAAGCUGCCCAGGAAAGAAGGUCACAUGGGCCAAUCAAUGCUCCUUUUGCAGAUCCUGCCAUCACUUUUUGUCACUGUCACUUUGGUAGAUUUGGCUUUCCCUUAUAUGAAAAUGGUAUAAAAACUGUAUUGUCAUCUGGAUAGUAGUUCCAAACCUGCUGUCAUUACAAUCAAAGAUGAUUUUACACUGGUCUCAACAAGAGGUAAUGGAGCCUGCUGAGAGAGGCAGGGAUCAUUUCUGUGAGAAGCCAACAAUGCCAGCAAUUUGAGAUGUAGAAGUUAUGAGAUGGGCUCAAAUGCUGUGUCAUUCUGAAAACCAGACAGCUGACAGCAUCAUAAUUUGAACCUUUUAAUGUUUGCCUUUGGUUUUGAGUCCCCUCACCUUUUUUUUUUUUUAUUGUCUUUUAUGUAGUCCCUAUCCAUUCCCAUCACUUAUGCAAGGUGAUAAUUCCGUACCAUGGCUUCAAGAACUGGGUUUUUACUGAAACUAAUUUACUAGCUCUAGCAGAAAUCACUGAGGUUAGACAACAUUAUGGUACCCUUUGAUAUUUUCCCAGGUGAUAGCUAUGAAAUCAGAACUGAAACUCUGAAUAUCCUGCAAGACUGCCUACACUGAUUCUGAAUCCUGUCUGGGUUGUCAAGUGCUGGAACAGGCUUCCCAGGGAAGUGGUUGAGUCACCACCCCUGGAGGUAUUUAAAAGAUGUAUAGAUGUGGCACUUACAGACUUACCACUUACUUACUUAGUGGUGUACUUGGCAGUGUUGGGUUAAUUAUUGGACUCUAUGAUGUUAAAGGUCUUUUCUAACCAUAAUGAAGGUUAUGAUUCUAUGGUGCUAUGAUUAUCAAGUUUUGAUUCUGGUUCUGUGGGAACUGUGUGAACUAUGGGCAAUGAAAGUGCAUUUGAUUACUUUAAACAAAGAACUUUCAAAAGUGAAGUAAAUGCUUCUGAUUCAUUUUAUUGCAAAUCUAGAGUAAUUAUAAUAGAAUUUUCCAGUGAGGCUGGCAGUGAUAGACUGAACAUUGAGGUACAGUCAUGUUCCCAAACUUUCAGUUAUUUCAGAUGCUUCAGAAGCAAUGAAAACUCAAAGACAGAAAAUGUACUUUGAAAACUGAAUUAUCUUUUGACUUCAGUGGGAGUUUGCUCAGAGUGAGGACUCCCAGGUUCUCUUCCCUAAUGCAAGAAAAGGAUAUUUAGGUUGACCAUGCUUUGGUGGAGACCACAGGACAAAAUGCAGUUUCCAUAGCUUACUGCCUGCCUCGUGCAGACACAAUGAGGAUAAAAGGUUAUACAGUAGCUUACCUCCACUUCACAUCCUACAGGUUUAGGGUUCACAGUUGGAGAUAAUGUCAGUUCUGCCAGAAACUUCUCUGCCGCAUGUGUUCAGUAAAAGCUUGAACAAAGGACGUAGUCCUGGGACCAGGAUCUGAGUGCAAAACGUUCACUGUCACCAGAAGAAAAUGUUUACUAACAGUCUGGUAAAUGUCACCUGCCAGCACUAAAUUUUCUGUAUCCUGGGUUGAUUCUUUUUCUCCUCAGUCAAAUAAUAUGCUCAUGUUUCUUAUCAUUAUGGUCCCCAGGCAUCAUGUUGUGCAGUAAGAUGAGGAGACUUUUAAAAAAAUUAUACUACAGUGGGAUUGCUGCUGGCACAUCAAGUGCCAGAUGCCAGCUACAAUGUAUUCAUAGUAGAAUUGAUAUAUAUUUAGAUAUUUGCAAGUAGCAAGUGUUCCAUCUGGAAACUAGCAGAGUUUUGCAGCUUCCAGGAAAUUUGCAGCUCUGAAGGGGAAAUCUGGAACUUGUGGAUGUUCUGGCAAAAGGUUACAAAUCCUGUUUUCAAGCCUUGUUCUUAGCAUCCAACCUCAAUCUUAAAUAAGUAAACCUAUUUGCGUAAAUGAAGUCUAAGCUGAAGUAACAGACACACUUCCCUUUUUAUCUUCCAAGCAUUUUCUGCAUAAAAUCCAAAUUCAGAUUUACCUUAGUGUACUGUCAAAAUAUGUUGAUUUGCAUGGUCUUUUUUCCCAGGUCUAGGGUUGCACCCCCCACAAAUCUACGCUUGCUCAAAACUGUCAGGAUAUGGGCAAAUUCCCACUAAAAGCUCUGUGCUCAGCUGUACUGACUGUACUCACUCAUAUGCAGUGUUGGUAGACUUUGGUUACAUUGGGAUUGGAUUCAGCUGGAAUGAGGGCAGGCCUGUGGAAAAGGUAACACGAACAUACAAUUUGCCUGCAGUUAGCCAGACGCUUGGAUAGGGAGUGAAAAGCUGUCUGGGGAGAGAAAGCCCCAGGGAUAUGAAAUACGAAGUGUGGGAACACAAGCCAAUAGGCAUAUAAGCCACUCAUGAAAACAGAGAUCUGUCACCAAAUUAUCAGCAUGCUAAUUGGUUGAUAGGGUUAAACCAGAACCUCUGGGGAGUGGAAAUGCAAAAUACUUGGGCAAUGCCUGCUGCUCAUCUCUUUUCAAGAUAUUUAUAUGCAUAAACCCUGACCUGUUCCUCUGCAUACUCCAAUAUAAGCACCUUGUAUGGCUUCCACUGAGAAAAAGCAGGGCCUUUUUUUGUCUCACUUAGGGGGAUAAGAUUUCAGAGCUACGUAUUUCUAGCAAAAGCAACAUAUAAAGACUGAACCUUGUCUGACAACAAGAACAGGCCAUGGAAACUAAAGGAAGAAAGAAGCUAAAGCUGGACUCAUUCUGCUACCCCACUUUGUGGGAGACAACACAGAUCACUCAGAAAAGGAAGGUAGGAUCAGGUUUUGAGAUUAAGAUGCAGAUUUACAUUUUAUGUAGCUAUCAUGAAGGUCAAAUAACAUACAUGUCAAAGGAUUGCUUUUUCCAGCAGUCCUCCUUUUCAUUUUGUGAGGCAAAACCCACCAAACACACCCAGGCACAUAUUCAUUCAAAGUAAGUGAGAUUUUUUAUUAAGUGAAGAAUGUAAAGAUAAUAAUUGUUAUAUAUUUGUGUCCUUUGUGGCUGGAUUCAUGUGAUAACUGCUUCUCAGUGAAGUCCUGCAGAGUUAAACCUUCAAAAGCAGCCCAUUUCUUCUUUUGAGGUAAAUGUUUUUCUUUGCAUUGUGCUGGCAGCAACAACAAAACAAAAAAGUGACUAUUUGCUGUAAAAGGGAGUUUGACUGUGCAAUUGUUAUUUGUUUUUACUUUUGUUAUUACUUUUAGAAACAUUUUUAACUGAGAGUUGCAGGAAAAAUAAUGUAUGUGGAAAUAUUGUGAUCAUUUAUAUUCCCAACCACUUUUGUGAAUCUCAAGUUUUUGCCUGUCUGCUGAUUGUGGUGUUCUGAUUAUAGAGGCAAAUUUUGUCUCUAAGAAAGUCCUUGAGCAACAGCGUUUGGAAUAUAAGUGUCUUGCAACUGUUUUCUGAUUAUUCAGUUUGUAUAUGACUAACCAAAGUAAUAAAAUAAUGAGCACUAUAUCAGAUUGAAGUGCAUGUAAAGUGGGCUUGACUCUGUUCCCUUAUGCCCAGGUUUCCUAAAGGCCUAAUUUGUGUUUUGCAGGUUUUUG